AUGGAAGAAAACAAAGAUGUAGACAUGGAAGAAAUUGAAGUUUGCAUGUCGCGCCAAACUCCAUUAAUCUUCCCCUUUGAAGAAGAAAAGGUUAAUUUUGAAAUAAAAAAUAUUACUAUUUCUGAAGUUAUCAACCCUUCUCCUCAUACUUUUCAGCUGUGGUACCCUCAAGAAGAAUCUCUUACCAAUCUACAAUUUUUUUCAUACUCCAAAAAACUUAGCCGAUUAAUCGAACUAGAAUUAGAAGUCGCAAAAGAAAAACAGGCAAUGAGGAGCAGAAAAAUAUCUCCCAAGGACCAGAAUAUAUAA